UUUUUUGCAGCAACAAGUGCUUUUUCGGCCUUGAUGAGUCGAAGCGCAUCUGUCCCGUCACUGUCGUAUGUCCAACAAUGUUUGGAUUAAAGAAAAAACUAUCAGCGAUCAUACCCAGCGAAGCAAGGGCGCAUUUGCAAAACAUCCUUACAGUCGAAUGGGAAGAUGGCAACAAGACUGUUCUCGUUGACGUACCCGACGCGGAUCAUCCAAGCGAGGUGGAGAUGUCGGGCAUGGGAGGGACAUACGGGCGAUUAGCCGAUGAUGAUGAGGACGACAUAUCUUCUCGUCCUGCUCAGCGGACCCGCAAAUCAUUCCAUAAAUCUUCCUCGUACACCACCAAAAGCAAAACUCUUCCUAGAAUACCUCAACAACCAAACCUUGCGCGACCCAACACGAAUCCUUUUGGAGGGGAUUGCCAGCCCUCUCCGCAAACGCCCUGCAACAGUACACAUACAGCCUCUCCGUAUUCGUUGACAUCUCCCCAAUUUACCAGCUCUACAUUCAUCCAUCCGGAUACCUACGGCCAAAAUAGCAGCUAUGAUCAAGGUCAGAGUAGUAAGGGAAAAGAGGGGAACUCCCGGACAGCACGCCGGAUGGACAACGCAGAUGAUUUGUUAAGUGGUGGAGAUUUCAGCGGAAUUGAUUUUCCAGCAAGCUCUAGUAGGACGAGAGACCCAGGUUCAAGUGUCCAAAGGGGUACCAAUCCGUUUCGAUGAGUUUGAAUGAAGGGAGGCAGAGCGACAGGGAAAAUGGUGAUGUCGCUACAAUGAUUCUAACAUACAUCAUUCUAUUUGAUUUUAUUGUAUCUGUAAGUUGUAACCAUCAGAGAUUCUCUGCCAUGUAUUCCUAGCUACGAUGAUUUGCAUCAACAAACUACAAACCAGGCAUGAUACAGCUCGAAUAUAUACAGGAUCGCCGCUGUGUAUUCAAAAGACUCCGCCACUCCACAUAUUGAAAUUCCAUGCGCCUUCUGCCUCAAUUGCUUUCCCUUCACCUUGGAUAAUCAUCUUCUCAUUUUCUAGGAUUUCGAAAGAUGACGUCGAUGGAGAUGAGGACCAUUCCGAAUUUGAAGCAUGUAACGAGAAGAGGGUGAGGAUGAGGGGAUGAUGAUAAAAAGAUUGAUCAAGUCUUGUGCCUGUGCCCUCCAGUGUCAGCUUGGCGCCUCAUAAGAAGCAGCAACCAGACCUACCCAGUCGGCAUUCCGUGGUCUCCCUACAGAAUCUUCGGUUUCCAUCACAGCUGGCUUUGUCCUGUACCAUAGCACAAGCUUCACUUCAUCUAUACCUUCCACUUCUCCCUUUCCAUCUCUCCACCUCUGCAAGAAGUAUUUGCUUAUCCAUCUCAGACCCUCGUGGUCCAUGCCUGAAGUCCAUGAAUCUGACCCAGGUUGGGCUCCCAUAACUGGAAAGAGGUUGUGUGAUUCCCCAUAGUCAUUCAUGGAGAUCAGUUGUACGAUGGAGGGUGAGCGAGAAUUGGGAAGUGAGAGAAGAGAGAGGAAUCGAGA